AUGGCUUCCUCGUGGGACCGCCCAGACUACGGCAGCUGCGCGUCAAGGAGGACUCAUGCGAUGUGCCAAAGCGCGAUGAAUUUGCUGACAACACGCUGUAAUACCGAGUACAGCUUCAGUAACGAGGAUGAGGGAGACUACGGCAUCGGCUGGGCCCCGCUCAACUACUCAAGAGUGCCAGCGCCCAAGCCGCACUCUGACUACACGUACAACACGGCGCUCGACCUGUUCGGCGCGCCGUUCUGGGGUGAGAUGUACUGGUACUGGGGCGGCGGCUACGUCGCCCUGCUCGGAUAUUCUCGCGCAGACAUCGUCGACAAGCUCGCCGAGCUGAGCGCCAACAACUGGAUCGACCAGCUCACGCGCGCCGUCUUCCUCGAAUUCAACCUCUACUACCCGGCUUCUAAUCUGUUUGUCGUCGCCGAGGCGCUGUUUGAGUUCCCGGCGCAGGGAGAAUCACAGACGUGCCGUGUUCGUGCCUUGCAGGGUAUCAUCAGCAGCCUUAUAGUGUUUCCAAUCAACCUGGCUCUGGUCAUGAUAUUCAAGCUGGCACGCGAGCGAUCUCCGAAAGCCAUUCGCGAGAAAGAUAAGGCCACGAGGAAGGCGUGGAAGGCACAGCAGAAGGCCAGUAUUGCUAAGUCUGCCCUUUCACGUGCAGCGUCCAUGGAUCGUGAUCACGGACCAUUUAUUCUUGUUUGA